AUGUCAGUUACAUUACAUACAAGUUUAGGUGAUAUUAAAGUUGAGAUAUUUUGUGAUUCUGUACCGAUGGCAUCAGAGAAUUUCCUGGCAUUGUGUGCAUCAGGUUAUUAUAAUAAUACAAUUUUUCAUAGAAAUAUUAAAGGAUUUAUGAUUCAAGGUGGUGAUCCAACUGGCACUGGUAGAGGCGGUGAAUCAAUUUGGAAAAAACCUUUUAAGGAUGAACUCCCAUCACAUUUAAAACAUAAUACUAGAGGUAUACUUUCAAUGGCAAAUAGUGGUCCAGAUACAAAUGGAUCACAAUUUUUUAUAACAUAUGCUAAACAUAGAAGUUUAAAUAAACUUUAUACAGUUUUUGGAAAAGUAAUUUCAGGAAUUGAGGUUUUGGACUCAAUGGAAAAAGUACCUGUGGAUGAUAAAGAUUUACCAUUAAAAGAAAUAACAUUAAAAUCAGUAACAAUUCAUGCAAAUCCAAUAGCAAACUAA